AUGGCUGUUGGCAACCACCCACGCAGUCGCGUACCCACUUCUGCCUUACAGUAUUCACGGAGAAGGAGCCUCACGUCCCUAUCAGUUAUCUCACCAUUUGCCUUGCCAAUAGUGGAAGUUAGAAAAAUGCAAACAGAAACUAUGGACUAUCAGGCCAAUGAGCACAUUUCCUCUGCUGAAGGGACAGAUCUGGUGAGAAAUGAUGAGGAAUGUGAAGGGAACCAUCUGUCUGAGAAGGAAAGGACUAGGGUCAUGGAGGUAAAUGCCGUCAGUUCCACAGAACAUCAGGAGAAAGCCAAAAACUUGGAGCCAAGCUCAGUUGUCCUACCAGACACCAUGUUAGGAAUGGGUGACAGGAAGCCACAUAUGGAAACUAGAGAAUACCAAGCCACCGUGCAAAUGUCCUCUGUUGACGGAAUGGAACCUGUGAGAAAUGAGGGAGAAUGUAACAGUUUAUUUGAUCACGAAGGAGCCAAGUGCAUGGAAGGAAAUGAAAAAAGUCCCACAAAACACCACGAAGAUGCUAUGAAGGACAAAGGAUCCAGCUCAGUUGUUUCACCGUUUGCCUUAUCUGUGGAGGAACAUGGAAAAGUACAAACAGAAACCAUAGACUGUCAGGCCAAUGAGCAACACUCAGUUGGUGAAGAGAGAGAUCCAAUGAGGAUUGAGGAGAAAUGCAAAAGUGACCAGCUGUCUCAGCAGGAACAGACUAACAACACAGAGACAAGUAACUACAAUUCAACAAAACAUCAGAAUAAACCCAAGAAGGACUUGGGGCCAAGAAUGACAAAACAGUUCUUGAAACAGCUCUGCAAGGAACAGAAACUCUACCAGACACCUUAUCUGAAUGACACACUCUAUUUGCACUAUAAAGGUUUCUCCUACAUUGAGAACCUGGAGGAGUACACUGGGCUGAGGUGUCUGUGGUUGGAGUGCAAUGGCCUAUUGAAAAUCGGGAACCUGGACGCUCAGACAGAGCUGCGCAGCCUAUUUCUGCAUCAAAACCUCAUUCAAAAAAUAGAAAACUUGGAGCCUCUUCAGAAACUGGAUUCCUUAAACCUCAGCAACAACUACAUCAAAGUCAUUAUGAACCUCUCCUGCCUGCCCGUGCUCAGUACUUUGCAACUGGCUCACAACCAGCUGUGUAAGGUGCAGGACAUUGAACAUCUAAAGCAGUGCCCGAGCUUGAGUGUCCUUGAUCUUUCACACAACAAGCUGGAUGACCCUGAAGUUAUCACUGUCUUUGAGAAAAUGCCGAAUAUACGUGUUUUGAACCUGAUGGGAAAUGAAGUCACAAAAAAAAUCCCAAACUACAGGAAGAUGUUGACUGUGCGCCUGAAGCAGCUAACAUACCUGGAUGACCGUCCAGUUUUUCCAAAAGACAGGGCGUGUGCAGAGGCUUGGGCUCGAGGAGGCUGGAAUGCCGAGAAGGAAGAGAGGAAGCAGUGGGAAACAAGUGAACGGAGGAAGAUUCAGGAAAGUAUUGAUUCCUUGGUAGCAAUCAAGAACGCGGCCGAGGAGAAGCGCAGGCUCCAAGAAAUGGAAGGAAAAGGUGAAGACCUUCUUUCAGAGACUGUGCCUGAGAUAACAGCAUGUUCCUCAGAUGCAGAGACCCAGCGUAAGAUUGAUAAGUUUGUGAAUGAUGCAUUAACAAACCAGGAAGAGGCUCUGGUGGACAGGCAACAAGAGACUAAAGGGAAGAACCAGUACAACAAACCAUGUCUGCUGACAUCAGACCAGGAAAAGCAGCCAUCCAUUUGGGAACGAGCAAGCGAAGCUGAGCUUGUGCAAUCAGAGGAAGGGAUCACCUCGUUGUCACUCAAUACCUCCGACCAAUUGCAGAAUGAAACCUUUAACAGCGAUCCUGCAGACCAGUCAGAUAUACUAUCAAAAAUAAAGCCUGCUCAGGAAAUCCUAGUAACAGAACUGGAUAAGACAGACACCAUGGAUACAAUCCAUUUGGAAGGGAGCCAACGUCUUUAUAUUGAUGAUCUCCCUGACUUGGAAGAUGUGGAUAGGUGCGCCCUAUCAGAGACUGAAUAUACCUUCAGCAACAAGGCAAAUCACCAUGCAAAGAUCAAAGUCCUUGAUACUGGAUGUGAUUACAGUAAUUCUAACUCAAAGGAUGGAGUUCAAACCAGAAAAGAGGAGAUAAUUGUGGAAAUUUCAGCAAAGCAAAACAAGUGUAUUUGUAGACCUUUGCCUGACAAGGAGAAAGCAGAUGAAGCUUUGGAAGUAAAUUCUGUAAAACAACGGACCAGCAGCAAAGCAGGAAGGUCAUUAAUUAGAGAGAGAAAUCCAGAGAAAGUCACAACUGCAAUGAAUAGCAGCUUCUUGAUGGACUUAACUACCCCAUCUGUUCAGGGUGAGGGUGAUGAACCUAAAAAGGUACUGAUUGAGGAAAUUUUCAGCCAACUUGUUACAGAGGACGUCAAGGAAGUUAAACCAUCAGUGCAAGAACAUGACCCAAAGGACAGACAAAUUCAAGAGGAAUCAGAAGUUCAGCAUCUGGGUCUCGUCAAUGUUGAAGAUAUUACGUUUGAACUAGACUGAGAAAUACAUGUUUUUAAAAAAAAAAGAAUGGGAAAAAUCCAGCUCACGGAGGAUCUAUCUAACACUUAAGAUUCCUGUUUGACAAAACAAUGUUAAUUUUUUUUUGUUAGUUAACAAUAUUCUGUUCUAAAGUAUGCUGUUAGAUCUAUUUUCCUUUCUUUUUAAUAAAUUAAUUUAUAUUUAUGACUUGACGUUACAAAGACUCAGAAGCCAUGUUGUGACAGCAGAAAUCAAAGGCGAUGGGUACAAAGGGACAUGGAGGUGUUUCAUGAGCAACUGCUCUCACCGGUUAGUAUUUUGAAAGUUCUUGUGUUGAGACUUUUCAUGUUUAAUAACCCCCUUAGUUACUUUACUGCUUACUUCUUCUGAUCACACUACCCAUGGAUAAUCCUCAGUUACUGUUUCAACAGUGCUGAUACUUUAUUCUGCCUCAGAGACCCAGGUUCAGUUCUGACAUCUGGUACUAUCUAUGUGGAGUUCUUACGUUCUCACUGUGAUGACGUAGGUUUCCCCAGGUACUCUGAUCUUCUC